GUUAUUGUUGGUAAACAUUCUUAGCCUCGCUGAGAAAGUGCUACUGGCUCUGGAGUAUGAAAAUCUAAUGUUGUGUAAGUCUUCCAGUCAGUCUACCCCCGCACAGACAACGGCAACCAGUGCGCAUGGUCGGAGUUUCCGAUGAAUCAAGAGGAAUUGUUGGGCAGCAUCGAAAUCGAACAAGUUGUUCCCCCGUCUUCAGUCAGGCUUCAGACGACUUUGACAAGAGCGAAAGCUCGCAGCAGCUGCCCAUCAGCUGUGCGUAUUUUAAGACUGUCGCGUAGAAGGUGUAGUGAAAAGUUUUAUAACUUGCCAGACGAAUAGUUCUCACCUGCAAAGUUUGUACAGUUUUCGAAUAUUACGUUGUAGGAUUUUGUCGGCUAGGAUUUGGAAAGGUCAGUGGGUUUCGGUGGAUUCAGGUGCACCAUGUUGGGAUCGAGAAAGGCCAAAUCCGAAAUCAGCGACAAUGCCUAGCGCCAGGCGAAUGAUUCUGGGCCACGUAAUGUCCGGGCUGUGCAGCAAAAUGAACCGGACCAAGCAGCUGCCGGCGGACCUGAUGGAAACCCCGCUGAAUCGCUGCCUCAACACAUUCGACAUUACCUUGCUGGGAAUCGGCCACAUGGUGGGCGCCGGCAUCUACGUCCUAACCGGUACGGUGGCUCGCGAAAUGGCUGGCCCGGGCAUAGUGCUGUCGUUCAUACUGGCCGGGGUGGUAUCGAUGUUGGCCGCCCUAUGCUACGCCGAGUUCGGGACCCGGGUGCCGAAAGCCGGUUCGGCCUACGUCUACACGUACGUUUCGAUUGGCGAGUUCUGGGCGUUCGUGAUAGGCUGGAACAUCAUCCUGGAGCAUAUGCUGGGCGCGGCAUCGGUGGCUCGAGCCUGGAGCGGCUAUGUCGAUUCGAUGCUGGGCAAUAUCGUGGCCAAUACAACGAUGGAGAUUACGGGCGAGAUGCACGAGAAGCUGUUGGCUAAGUAUCCGGAUUUUUUGGCGUUUGGCGUCUGCAUGAGCUAUGCGGUUGCACUCGGGACGGGCGUAAAGGCAACAGCCAUGAUCAACAGCAUUCUGACGACGGUGAAUGUGGUGGUGAUGUCACUUGUUGUGGUCCUUGGAUUUUGGUAUGCAACACCGGCGAACUGGUCUCUUCCGGAGCAAGGAUUCCUUCCGUAUGGGUUUGGUGGAGUCCUGGCAGGGGCGGCAACUUGUUUCUAUGCGUUUGUAGGAUUUGAUAGCAUUGCUACAUCGGGCGAGGAGGCAAAGAAUCCGAAUGUGUCUAUUCCACUGGCUACCAUUCUGUCGCUUUGUGUUGUGACCAUUGGAUAUGUGCUGGUGAGUGCGGCGUUGACGCUUAUGAUACCGUAUAAUGAAAUCAACCCUGCGGCAGCUCUUCCGGAUGCGUUUGGAACACGUGGAAUAGAAUGGGCCAAGUACGCGAUAUCCACUGGAGCCAUUUGUGGUAUGACAACUACUCUUCUGGGUUCCCUAUUUGCUCUUCCAAGGUGUCUCUAUGCAAUGGCCAGCGAUGGUCUACUGUUUUCCUGUUUCGGCAAGGUGAACACCAAGACUCAAGUCCCGCUGCUAAAUCUAGCAGUAUCGGGACUUUGUUCCGCAUUGCUCGCACUGCUGUUCGAUUUGGAGAAGCUGGUGGAGUUCAUGUCCAUUGGGACGUUGCUGGCCUACACAAUUGUCAGUGCAAGCGUUAUUGUGCUGCGUUAUCGACCGAUUUCCGUAGAAGAGACUGUUCACCUGGCACCGGACACGCCCGGAACGGAUGAAGAGGAGAAUGCUUCGUCAUCGUCGCAAUCCAGUGCCGUUGAUCCGUCGUCGCCAACGAGUGAAAUGAUUGAGAUAGCCCUGGCCGGGCGGCUUCGGCCUCAGUUCCGUUGGCUGGAACCGGUUUUAGGACGGUGUGAACCGGGGGUUGCCUGCUCUGGGGCGGUGCUACUGUUCUGUGUGCUGAGUGUGGCUGUAUGCUUCCAACUUGAGGUUUCCUGGGAUGAGCUCUAUGAUGGAACAUGGUGGGCGUUGGGACUUUAUGGAUUCCUCUUGUUCUGUCUCGUGGCAUGUAUCGUCGUCAUCUCGGCCCACCAUCAGAACACACGUGGCCUCCAGUUCAAGGUUCCGCUAGUUCCCUACAUUCCAGCGCUGAGCAUAUUCUGCAACAUCGAACUCAUGGUACAUCUGAGCUUCCUGACGUGGCUUCGCUUCUUCAUUUGGCUGUCGAUCGGUAUGUUGGUUUAUUUCCUGUACGGUAUCCGCAACAGCAAGGAAGGGGAGUUGGGAACGUCCUACUCGAUGCUUAUGUCUACUCAGGAGGCGGUUCGGGGCUGGGGAGCUACGCAUUCGGCCGGACUGAGCGGGGGUGCACGGGUAACGGUGACCAAGAUUGUGAAGGGACGAGUUAGUCGAAAGAGUGUGGAUAAACAGGCGAUAAUUGAUGACGAUGAUGAUGACUCAUAAGGUGGGAGAUUAAAAGCAAUUUACAAACAUACAGUGUAAGGGGAAUAUUUUAGUUACGCUUAUUAGGUGGCACAAAAUGGGAUAAAUAGUAUGACUUAUACGCAGACAUUAUUUAGCGCGAAUGACUAUACUAAGCUAUUGAAAAUUCCUUCCAUUAUUUAUUUGUACUACAAAAGUAACGAAUCACAUUUUUUCACAAAAUUGAGCAGUAUUAGACGACAUAUUUAGAGAUCAAUUGUUUAAAGUACAACUUGUACAUGUGGUAUUAUAUGCAUUUUUGUUUUGAAAUGAAAA